UUUUUGAUCUCCCAGAAGACUUUUUCUCCUCAGAGAUUUUUUUUGUUCUCAGCGACUUUUCCCCACCUUGAUUUUUUUCAGUUUUGCCACCCUAGAGACUUUUCGCCUUCUCCGGAGCUGAUUUUCCUUCAGCUCUUCCGGAGACUUUCUGCCUCUCCACCUCGCCUCCUCAAAGACUUUUCACCUCACCUUCUCCACAGCUGAUUUUCCAUCAGCUCUCGGGACUUUUCCUCUACUCAAAAACUUUCUCCUCAAGAGACUUUUCCGGCCUCAGAGACUUUUCUCUUCCCCAUUGACUUUUCUCCACCUCAGAACUUUCGCCCGCCCCUCCCCCACCUGCGGCCUGCGCUGACUGGACAGUACCAUCUUUCAUCGAACGUCCCCGCCGCUUCGUUGGUAUCUCCCCUUGGUGACGUCAUUUCCAGGUACUGUUGCUAAGGCCUCUCGGUCCUUGGUUUGUUAGUUCAGUUGGUCGUCUUCGGUCAGGUGCGCAGUAACAGAGACUGAGUGAGUGUCCCUCCCUGACCUCUCCCCUGGGGUUAGCCAGGUCUAGUGGGGUCCCCGCCUUGGGCGACUGCCCUCGAGGCCUCCUCUAUCAUCACCUGCACUUGUAGACUGCCUCAACCUCCACCUCCGCCGCCUCCUCCUUCUCCUUCUCCUCCUCCUUCCUCCUCCUCCGCUUCCACUGCCUCCGUUGCCUCCGCCGCCACCAUAGCCCAAACCUCCUCCUCCUGAGCAGCGGCCAUUUACUUCCAGCUGCUCUCACGUCCCAUCCCCACCCUCCCGUGCCACAGUCGAGGCCAGGGGCCGAGCCUCAGUUGUCUCUUUUGGGUCCCGGCCUAAAUCGGGGCCACCGUCUCCUGGCAUCAUCCCCCGCCUCCGCCGAGUCCGCAGGCCUUCCCCUAUCCUGGGCCACCGUCACCAGACCCGCAGAGAUGUCAACCCCCGAGUCCCCCAAAGACAUGGAGAUCAGCGAAUGCGAGAUGACCUCAUGCAGCGCUACGCCGAACAUCACCAAAACCUCCUCGUCCUCGGUGGUGGCAACGCCAACGUCCCUAGUCUCCAUGGCAUCCGUUGGCACAGACGAGGACCUGGUAGAAGAAGAGGAAGAGGCUAUGUUGGUAUCAGGGUACGGAGCCGCCGUUUUGGGCACCGCAAUGCACGUGGAGCGAGAGCUGGAGGCGCUGGACAGGAGCAACGGGUGGCCACAGGCCUACCUGGAGGUGGGGAACCAGUGUCACGACUACCCAUACCGAGUAGCUCGAGCACCAGAGAACAGGCCCCGCAACCGCUACCGAGACGUGAGCCCCUACGACCACAGCAGGGUUCGCCUGAGGGCAGCGACCCGAGCCCCUGGGGGGGGCUUCCACCCGGGGCUGGGCUUGGCCUUGGCCGUGGCCGGGGAUUCCGGUUUGUCAUGCGGAUCCUUGAGCGGAACCAGCGGCGACAAAGGCGGGAGCGGAGACAUGCAGAACGACUACAUCAACGCCAACUUCGUCAUGGUAGAAGAAGCCCAGAGGAGCUAUAUUCUAACCCAGGGUCCCCUGCCCAAUACGUGUAGCCACUUCUGGCUUAUGGUGUGGCAGCAGGAUAGCAAGGCCGUGAUAAUGCUUAACCGGUUGGUGGAGAAGGAUUCUAUCAAGUGCUCCCAGUACUGGCCAUCCAGCCAAGGUGAGAGUCUCCUCUUUGAGGAGAUGGGCAUCAGCGUCCACAUGAUGGGGGAGGAUGUGGGGCCCUACCACACAGUCCGUUACUUGAGUCUGCAGAACACAAUGACCGGAGAGGCCCGGGCCAUCUCCCACUUCCACUACAACAACUGGCCUGAUUUUGGGGUACCUGAAUCCCCAGCCUCUUUCCUCUCUUUCCUUUUCAUGGUGCGGGAGUCUGGCUGCCUCAGCUAUGAGCGGGGGCCUGCGGUUGUUCAUUGCAGUGCUGGCAUUGGGCGUUCUGGCACCUUUGCUCUGAUUGAUACCUGUUUGGUCCUGAUGGAGAAGAAAGAACAUCCCUUUUCCCUGAAUAUCAGAAAAGUACUGGUGAGCCUGAGAAAGUACCGGAUGGGACUUAUUCAGACCCCAGAACAGCUAAGAUUCUCAUACGUGGCAGUCAUUGAAGGGGCAAAAUUCCUCAUGGGAGAUGAAAAUGUCAGGAAAAAGUGGAAACAACUUACCACUGAGGACCAUGCUCGUAGCUACAGCUUUGAUAGUUCUCCACCUCCAAGUGGAAUAAUAUCUAAAAAGCACAAAGCGUUCAGGCUGGUUUUAAACCUUGAUGAUGAUGAUGAUGAUGAUGAUGAUGAUGAUGAUGAAAUAGGUGAUGAGUCAGAUUUUUCAGAUCUAGCCACUAGAAUGCCAGAUUCUGGGGAAGAGAGCUCUGAAGGUGGCACCCGUAAACGAGGUCUAGAUGAAUGUAAACCUGGUACCAGUCGUGAUGAGAAUCCAAAGGUGGAGGGGUCAAAUAAGACCAGAUUUAAAAGAAAAAGACUGAAUCUGUAAGACAUUUGAAUAAUUCAGGCAUACAAAAAUAAGACCUAAAAUCCUCUCUCUAAAAUAUUCAAAGGCAGGAGAAAAUGCCUCAAAGAUACCUGUUUAUAAUUCGAACUGCAUACAUCCAGACUAAAGAAACAUCACCAGAAAAACUUCAUUUAAUUUGUAAAAUGUUUGAGAUGCUUUAAAAAAAAUUAGACCUUUCAAAACCUGUAAAUUUCAUUAGUUGUUGAGUAUUUUUAAAUGUUUAUAAGAAUUGUAGAAAAACAAAAUGGAUGAAAACACUAUAUACUAUUAUUAUUUCAGUAUUUUAUGUUUUGGGCAGCAUUAAGUUCUUUACACUAAAAAAUAUUAAGAUGUUUAUCAUUUUAAAGUGUAUAUUAGUUCCUCAAAGACCUCCACCUUGACUUUUGAAAAAUUUAAGUAUAUAUUGAGUAGCAAUAGAAGUAAAUAACUUAAUAUCAGUUUAAUUACUGGAAAAUAUUUAUUCACUUAACUACUUAAAUUACUAAAUAACUACAUUACUUUGCCAACAUUAAAUGUUUUCUUGGUGGAAAAAAUAUUAAAGCUUUAAAUAAUAUUUAUCUUUGACAAGCAUUUUAGUAACUUCAGAGAUUGACUGAUUUAAAAAAAUUUAUAGUAAACCUAAUAUUAAAUAGCAAUAUAAAUAAGUGACUUGUUUAAUAUCUGUUUAUGUUACUGAAAAAAUACCUAAUGGUUUAACUAUUUAAAGUACUUAGUAUUUACAUUAUUUUACUAGCAUUAAAUGUUUUCUUAACUAAAAAAAGUUUUAACUAAGAUGUAUUAUUUUAACAUGCAUUUUAGUAUCUUCAAAAAUGGACUGAUUUUAUAUAUUUUAUAGUAAACAGCAUUUACUAGCAUUACAAAUAAGUGACUUGUUUAGUACAUGUUUACAUUACUGAAAAUAUACUUAAUGGUUUAACUAUUUAAAGUACUUAGUAUUUACUUUAUUUUACUAGCAUUAAAUGUUUUCUUAACUAAAAAAAGUUUCAACUAAGAUGUAUUAUUUUAACAUGCAUUUUAGUAUCUUCAAAGAUGGACUGAUUUUAUAGUAAACAGUAUUUACUAGCAAUACAAAUAAGUAACUUGUUUAGUAUCUGUUACAUUACUGGGAAAAUACUUAAUUAUUUAACUGUUUAAAGCAUUUAGUAACUAUUCACAUUAUUUUGCCAGCAUUAAAUGUUUUCUUAACUAAAAAAAAUGUUUAACUCAAGAUAUGCAUCAUUUUAACAUGUAUUUCAGUAACUUCAAAGAUUGGCUGCUUUUUAAUAAUUUACCAUAAGUGAAAUAUUCAACAUCAUUAUUAAACUUGCUUAGCAAAUGUUCAUUUAUAUUUAUUUGAAAUUAUUAAAAUAAAACAACUUUUCACUCUC